UAAAAAUGAUAUAGAUAGGAGAAAUUAAUUUCUGAAUCGACACAGUAUUGUGAAGAACAAUAGCGAAAAUGGCUGUUUCAAAAACCUCCAAAACCUUUGUAAUAUGUCUUGUUCUGUGUGCGCUACUAUCCCAGGAAGUAGAGGCAAGACGAAAAAUCCUCAAAGGACGAAGGGCCAUAACUCGCACGUAUCUAAGGGAUUCGCCAAUACCGGCUUGGGCAGUAGUAGUACUCGUAGGAGUUGGAGAAAUAAUUGUCGGGGUCGUAGUCUUCUUUAUUAUGAAGAAAGUUGUUAUCGACCCGCCUCUGGUCGGGACUUACACUCCAGCGCAUAUUGAAGAACCUUAAAUUUAUUAUUUGUAAACGCAUUCCACGCCACCUUUAGUUAAGCUCGCAUACGAAUUCAUGUUAUCUGUGUAACUUUUUUUUACAGAAUGUAAUUAGUUUAUGUAUUAAUGAAAAAUAAAUAAAAGAAAAUAAAAUUAAA